AUGAUUAGAGACUUGAACUCAACUUCAGAAUCUCAAGAAAUUUUCGGUUCACUAGCUUUUGAAAUCAUAGAUGUUGAUAUUUAUAAUAAAUUUUAGAAAAUACCAAGAAAACCUAGCCAAAAAGAAUCUUUAAUUAAAAAGUAAUCAUUUGGAAAUAAACAAACAAAAAGAUCAAUCAGCGCGAUAAAUGUUGACGAUGUAAUAAAUGAGCUAUCUUAAAUUAGAACAAAAUGAAGAUUAAUCAUGGUUAAAUGUUAAAAAAAUCAAAGGAUGAUCAUCCACUAACAGGUUAGGAGUAAUUGGAAUUUAAAUUGAUUCAAGUGGAAAUAUCCGAUUUCAUCAUAAUUGAGCAUUAAUAAAAUGGCAAUGAAUACAAAAUUUUGGACUAAAAUGAUUGGAAGAAAAUAAUCAAGUAGAAAUCAUUAAUAGGAUAUAUGAUGCAUGAUAUACAUGUAUCAUUAUUAACUUAAAAUCUAUUCUUUAUUGAGAGGAGAGAUAUUUGGUUAUUGUUUUGUUAGACCGACCUAAUAAAAUAAAAAAUUCGAUAGAAAAAUUCCUCAUUUUUUCAGUAUUCUACCUAAGAUAAUUAUUUUUCAUCAUAAAUUGACAAGGAUAUUCCAAGAGCAUUAAUGGGAAAUAGAUUCUUGAAUUUAGUAAGCAUAUUCGUAAACAUAGCAAGAAAACCAAACUAGUUUAAAAAAGAUAUUGAUGGCUUACGCAAAUUAUGAUCCUGAAUUGGGGUAUACCUAAGGAAUGAAUAUUAUUGCAGCAAAUUUACUAAUCUGUUAUGAUUUGAAAACAAAUGAUGAAAAAUUUUUAGAAGGUAAACCUAAUUAAUUAUUUUAGAUGUUGAAAUCAUAGAUCCAUCAAGAGAUGAAAAUGUGUUUUAUCUUUUCAUAUACAUAAUGGUAGAAUUAAAUUGGAGAUCAGUUUUCAUUCCUGGAUUUCCGGGAUUGAUUAAAAUGAUGAAGGUUUUGGAUUUAAAAUUUUAAAAUGAAUUGCCAAAAUUAUAUGAACACUUUUAAGAGUCUAAUGUAGAUCUGAAUGUGUGUUUCUAAUAAUAAUAUCUGUCCUUAUUAAUGUAUGGAAUUUCUUGGGAAAUCAGUAGAAUGAUUUUUGAUUUAUUCCUUUUUGAAGGUGAAAUGAUCAUUCACACUUUUCUAAUUGGAAUGUUAAAGUAUUGUUAAGAUAAUCUUCUUAAAUUGCGAACUUUUGAUGUAAUGAAAUGAUUUAAUCUUAGGAAAUUACGAAAUUCUGCAAAAAUGAAAUGAUACGAUAAUUUUAUGAAUUAUUUUCCAUAAAAUUUAUAGGAAACAAAGACUUUUCAACUAUCCUAUUAAAUUUAGGCUUUAUUAAAAUUUAGGGUUAAAUAGUACCACCUCCUUAACCUUUGGCUCCUAUUAAACAAGUAUAAAAAGAAAAUAAGUUUGAGAUUUGGAAGGGCACCUUCCUUAAGAAUUUUUUUCAAAAAAAAAAAUGA